AUGGCUCGGCCAGACUGGCGACGCGCGGUCGAGCCACUGGGCAUCAGGGAGUGGCCCUACACAACGGCGUCGGAGGCGGGCUUGAUCGACACUCACUGCCACCUGGACUUCGUCUUCACCAAGACCUGCCACACAAAGUCUUUCACGCACUUCCGCCUCGCUCAUCGCAACACUUUCCCGUACUGUUACGAAGGGUGCGUGGCCAACUUCAGCGAGCCCGAAACGUUCGAGCAGCGACGCCUCUGGAGGUCCGUGCUUUCGGACGAAGGUGUGUGGGGCGCGUUCGGUUGCCACCCACGCAGGGCUCGCGAUUACACCGACGACAUCGAGCGAUACCUCGUUCGUGCCCUGGAAGACCGCAGCGUGGUGGCCCUGGGCGAGAUCGGGCUCGACUACUCCAUGUCCGGAAACGACGCCGAGCCGGACUGGGAGAAGUUCAAGAAAACGCAGCAGGCGGUGUUCCGCAGGCAGCUCGCGUUGGCCAGGCGUCGACGGCUGCCCCUGGUGAUUCACUCGCGAGACGCGACUGCCGACACGAUCCGUAUUCUCAAGGAGAUGGUCCCGGCGGACUACCCGAUUCACCGGCACUGUUUCACGGGUGACUGGGACGAUGCCAAGUGCUGGCUGGACACGUUCCCGCGGCUCUGCCUGGGCAUCACGCCGUUGCUGGGUUUCCAGGGAGUCGAACCGCUGGUUGAGGCGGCGCAGAGGAUUCCGCUGGACCGUCUGCUGCUCGAGACGGACGCACCCUUCUUCCUGCCAAAGCGAGAAUCGAGGAGGCUCGCCUGCUCUCACCCUGGCAUGGUUAUCCACGUCGCUACUAAGAUGGCCGCUAUCCGCGACAUAUCUGUCGACGACGUCAUUAGCGCGGUCCGGGAGAACACGCGCCGCGUCUACGGCAUCUGA